AUGGAUUCUUCAAACGACGAUGCGCCCCAGCGAUCAUGGCUCGCUGGACGUUGUCCCUGCCAAUAUACGGAUUUGUUUGAAAUAGAACUCGAAGGGCGGAAAUGUGCUUUGAAACUUUUUCACGACAACGGGGAUCCAGGAUUUACCGAGAAUGGUCUAGACCUUAAUCGGUUCUGCUGCGAACUAAACGCCUAUAUGAAUCUUCGGGAACACGGUGUCUGCGAGCGGGGAUUCGUCCCAUAUUUCUACGGCCACGUUGAUCAACUUCCGAAUGCCGAAAGUUUGAAUUGCGAGAGCUAUUCUGAGGCCUGUUAUCACCAAGCAAUAGAGGGCAUGAAGCAGAUCCACGCUGCUUACGUUCACCACCGAGAUAUAUACCCCAAAAACAUACUCGUUAUUCCUGGCGACGAAGAGCGGAUGGUAUGGGUCGACUCCGAUGUCGCUAUUAUCUUUACGACUGCAGGGCCAGAUGGACAGCGGUUGAGUGAAAUUGAAGAUACGUAUGUUGCUGAGUUUGGGGAAUUUUUGCGAGAAGACCAAAGACAAGGGCUCUGUACUAAUACCAGGUUGUAUUAG